CCGCUGUCUAAUUUUGAUUCGGCACCAACAUCACCGGUCAACCUUCCUAUUGAACCGUCACCACCUGGUCAUCACCCCCUUCCACCGUCGUCGCCAUCUGUCGCUUCACCGUACUCGUUUCCUUUGGAGACGUUUGUAGCCAAUCCACAUGCUCACCAUUACGCAAUAAUGUUGCCUGAUGACUCCUACGGAGGUAGGUAUUAUAUAAUUCUGGAAUUCCAGGCAAGCAUAUCCGUAGAAGAAAUCGUGAAAUUGGUUGUGUCAGCAAUGAAAAAUUCGGGGCUUGCUGAGGCUGAGAAAGAGAGUCCUGAAGAGAUUCUGCGGAGAAAGAGACAGCAGAACAACGAAGCGGCUGCACGUUACCGUAAACGCCAACGAGAAGCAAAGAAUCUAGCUGAAGGGGAGCUGGAGCAACUUAUUCGCCGUAACGAAAAUCUUCGUCAAACCGUGGAACGAAUGCAGACUGAAAUCGCCGAACUGAAAAGGGCGGUACUGGCAGGGCGCGGCUCUUGA